UUCUGUUUCACUCUGAACCAAAAUCUGAUCUCCUUUUCGUAGUCUUAUCUUUCCCACUGCAUUGACAGGAACCAUACUUACAACACUCCAAGACCCCACUAACCAAAAUAUCUCUUUAAACCAAUAUCUUCAACAAACACUUCUUGCACAAGAACUGAAACCCAAUUUCGUUAAACCCUAACCCCAUGGAACUCUCGCGCCUCUUUGUUUCCGACACGUGCUUCUUCUCACCUCCGAUUCGCUAUUCCCCUGUGCCGGCACUAUCCACCUUUUUCGCCGUAAACCUCCGCAUUAACCGCCGCCGGAGGAGGAGCCUUUGCUCGGCCUCCAACAAUGAUACCUUACUCGCAGGCGGCGGCCCUGUAGUCGCCGGCGACAGAGAGAAGCACGAGGAGGACUUGAAAUCUUGGAUGCACAAACACGGCCUCCCGCCGUGCAAGGUUGUUCUGAAGGAUAAACCUUGCCACAAUGAUCCCCAUAAGCCUAUACAUUACGUUGCAGCAAGUCAAGAUCUUCAGGUUGGCGAUGUUGCAUUCUCCGUUCCUAAUUCCUUAGUUGUUACGCUGGAGAGGGUAUUGGGAAACGAGACUGUUGCUGAGCUAUUGACAACAAACAAAUUGUCUGAAUUGGCGUGCUUGGCAUUGUAUCUGAUGUAUGAGAAAAAACAGGGGAAGAAGUCCUUCUGGUAUCCAUACAUCAGGGAGCUUGAUCGUCAACGAGGUAGGGGCCAGCUGUCGGUGGAAUCACCUCUUCUAUGGUCAAAAUCUGAGCUGGACUACCUGUUAGGAAGUCCAGUUAAGGAUGAAGUUAUUGAAAGGGUAGAAGCAAUAAGAAAAGAGUAUAACGAACUCGACACAGUUUGGUUCAUGGCAGGAUCUCUGUUUCAGCAAUAUCCAUAUGACAUUCCCACUGAGGCUUUUUCAUUCGAGAUUUUCAAACAAGCCUUUGCUGCUAUUCAGUCUUGUGUGGUGCAUUUACAGAAAGUUAGUUUAGCUCGGAGAUUUGCUUUAGUUCCCCUGGGACCUCCUUUAUUGUCCUACCAAAGCAACUGCAAGGCAAUGUUAACUGCUGUUGAUGGUGCUGUUGAGCUUGCAGUUGAUCGUCCAUAUAAAGCUGGGGACCCGAUUGUUGUCUGGUGUGGCCCACAACCUAAUUCAAAGUUACUAAUAAACUAUGGUUUUGUUGAUGAAAAUAAUUCCAAUGAUCGUCUAAUAGUUGAGGCAGCUUUAAAUACUGAAGAUCCACAAUAUCAAGAUAAAAGAAUGGUGGCUCAAAGAAAUGGAAAGUCAUCAGUUCAAGUUUUUCGUGUAUAUUCUGGGAAGGAAAGGGAAGCUCUCUUAGAUAUGCUUCCUUAUCUGCGUUUGGGCUAUCUUUCAGAUCCUUCUGAGAUGCAAUCUGUCAUCUCCUCCCAAGGUCCAGUUUGUCCUGUAAGCCCUUGUAUGGAACGGGCUGUGUUGGACCAGCUGGGAGAUUAUUUCAAGACUCGGCUGGCUGGGUACCCUACAACAUUGGCUGAAGAUGAAUCUAUGCUGGCAGAUGGUAAUUUGAAUCCGAAGAAGCGAGUUGCUACCCAAUUUGUUAUGCUGGAAAAAAAAAUCCUUCAUGCCUGCUUGCAUGCAACAACUGAUUUCAUAAAUCAGCUUCCAGAUCACAGUAUAUCUCCCUGCCCUGCUCCCUAUGCACCUUUAUUAAAAUGAAAGGAACUGGAUGUCUGUACUGUACAAAUAUAUGGAUUUGGUGAACCAAGUCAGAAAAAAUAUAUGUUCUUGAUGUAGACUCUAUUAGAAAGCCCCUGAAUUAAGGGAAUGUGUAGGUUACCCUCCUCAGCUUUGGUCUAAAUGUGAAUGUAGAUUAGACUUUAAGAUUUGAUAUGAUGCUCAUGUUUCUUUUAACUUGCUAUGUGAAAAGCACCCUUUGUUAUGCAAACAUAAAAUAUGUGCUCAAUUUAAGAUAAUUUCUUUUAAUUACAAAAAAGUAGAGUUAAGAAAGAGUUUACAUUGCAUAAUCCAUUUUUUUAUGUACAAAAUGAUUGUGCUGGGUUGAUUGGUAGUUAUAUAAUUAGGAUUUUCUUUUCUCAGAUUUCUAACUGCUUAGUAGAUGCUUAUGCAUUAUGAGUUUAGGGUCUAUUUAUAAUAGUGGAGUCAGUGGACUGAUAAUCCCCGUAGCUAAAAGAAAAUUACUUCGUAGUUUGAUUUUGGAAAACCAUGAUGCAUCGGACCAGGAAAUUUCUGAAUACUAUGAUGGAU